AUGGCAUCAUCCAACGUCUUUGUCAACUAUCCGAAGCCUGUGGAAGGCCCAGAAACUGACUACGCGCCACCCCCGGCGAAGAAUCCCGUUUUGCGCGGGUACUCGCUCGUCGCUGCCAGCGCUCUAUUCGGACUUCUCCAGCGAUACUUUUGGCAAAAUGCGGGGUUCGGGCAGGUCAAGAACCUUGCAGUCCUGGAUGACGUUCCGCAAACCUAUGAUCCCUGCGUGAUCCCGUGGGGCGACACUGGUCCAGUAAUUGAAUUUGAGUCUGCACUGCUGGAUGCUAAGCAUGUCAGUCCCGAAGCCAAGUACUACUCCAUCAAGGACUAUCAUGAACUCUACAAGUCGGGCAAAGCCACUCCUCUCGACGUCGCAAAGGCUCUUCUACCCCUGACCAAACCUGGAGAGGGCGAGAAGGGCAAGUACGAAGACGCGUGGGCGGACAAUCAUGGCAACGACGAGAUGGUAUUCGAGGCUGCCCAGGCGUCGACAGAUCGAUGGGCUGCCGGCAAGCCGCUGGGUAUUCUGGACGGCGUGCCAAUCGGCGUCAAGGACGAUGUGAAUGUCAAGGGCUAUGUCAACCAUAAUGGUAUGAAAUAUUGUGCCAAUUCGCCCUUCUUUCAGAGACAGGGGGAGUCUGCUUGGUGUGUCCAGGUGCUUCAGGAUGCUGGAGCUGUGGUUCUUGGCAAGAAUCGUAUGCAUGAGCUUGGUUCAGAUACCUGCGGUCUAAAUCUCGCGCAAGGGUCGCCGACCAACCACCUCAAUACCGAGUACUACCCCGGCGGAUCUUCCUCUGGGCCGGCAUCUGCCAUCUGUGCAGGCGUGGUGCCCUUUUCCGUUGCCACGGACGCCGGCGGUAGUAUCCGUAUUCCGGCCAGCUUUAACGGCUUGUACGGCCUCAAGACAUCCCACCACCGAACGGGGUACAUGGGCAGCACCAUGUGUAUCACAGGUCCCAUGGCAGCCAACGUUGCAGACUUGACCAUUGCCUAUCGGCUCAUGUCGCAGCCAAACCCCGAUGACGGCAUCCAAGGUAUAUUUGGCCGCUCUACGCCGCCUCGACCAUCCGCCCCGCGUGUCAUGGGCGUGUACCGCGAGUGGCUGAAGGCGGCUGACCCUGAAGUAAUGGAGCACUGCGACAAAGCGUUGGACUACUUUGCCAAGGAGCGAGGCUACGAGAUUGUCGACAUUUCGCUUCCUCACCUUGCCGAGGCCCAGCUCGCCCACGGCAUGAUCUGCAUCACCGAAAUGGCCGAGGCUGCCCGUCGAAGAACUGUUGAUCCGGCAGACUGGCUCUCGCUGGUGGGCUCUGCAAACCGGCUACUCAUGACUGUUGGCCAGCAGACGCCCGCGGCCGACUUCCUCAAGUUCAACACGCUGCGUACGGUUCUGAUGCGCCACGUCGCGUUCCUAUUUCAAGAAUACCCGGGUCUGCUCAUAAUGUCGCCAACCACGCCUCUCAACGGCUGGCCCAAGCACCCCGGCGACGAGGCGCAGGGAAUGAAUGACGCGAACACGACGUUUAGGAACAUGAUGUACAUCUUCCUGGCCAACAUGACGGGCACGCCGUCCAUUUCAGUGCCCGUGGGGUAUGCUGCGCCGAAACAGGGGCAAGGCAAGGUCCCCGUCGGGCUGAUGGCUACGGGUGAAUGGGGAAGUGAAGAGCAGCUGCUGGCAUUUGCGGGUGAGGCAGAGGAGUAUCUGCACCAGGUUUACGAGGAAGGCAGAAGAAGGCCCGGCUCGUGGCUGGACGUGAUGGCAUUGGCGGUACGUCAGGCCGACAAGGACAAGGUUGAUUGA